AACUGGAUUAUUAUACCAGCAAACGACAACAACCACAGCAGCACAUCGAACGCAAUAAAAACUCAUCACCAGCAAUAUCAGCAGAAUGGGACGCAACAUGGCCGGGUCCACACGUUAUUGUGGAAGUUAGCGAAAAAGCACCAAACACAAAUGGAACCAAUAUUGAGGCUGGACCAAAAAUAAUAGUGCGAACAGAAGAAGUGCUCAUUGUUGGGGCUGUGUUGCUGCUAUGGAUCGGUGCGAUUGCCUUAUUUUUCAAUCGAUGGGGAAAAAUUCGGAUGUUAGAGCCAUAUCAGCCAAAAUUCCAACAGCAGCAUCGAGCAUCGUGUCCACUUGUCGAAAUGGAAGCGAUACCAGCACUGAAACAUCCAUCAUUUUCUCGCAUUUCGAUGGGAUGUUCAUUGCAAAUGCCAGCCAGUGGCCGAAUGGGUUCCAUAUCGGGCCCAUCUGGAGUAUCACCCAGUGUGUUCACGUGUAACACGGCUCGAGCGUCGCCUCUGUACAGUCGCAGUAGACAGAAUUCUGUGUUUGUGGGACCACAAUCUGUUGCACAGAAACCGUCACGUAAAUAUCAAUCGGCGAUAGACAUCCAUUCGUUGGUUCUUGACGAAGCGCCUGAACCCGUGUAAAUACCGUAGCAUGUAAUAAUUUAUAUUUUUUUUUAGUUCUGUACCAAAAGAAAUGAAGAGAAAACAUUUACCGUAUAAUUAUCGGGCGAUUGAGGCAUUCAAUUUUCAUUUCGUGCCCUUCAAAUAAAUCACAGGCUAUUUGAACACACAAAACGUCAAUCCGUAAUUCAUGGGCCACAUCAUUUGAAUUUCUUACAAAAUCAAAUCUCAAUCUCCAAGUUGAAAAAAAAAGUCUAAAUUUCGUAGAAAAUAACAUAUGAUCAAAAAAGAACCAUACACUAAAUAGCCAAUAUAAAGUCAAUGUAAUAUUAAUCGAUUCAAUUUAAAUACUUGAUAAAUCUGAUGGAAUCUGUUCUUAUGAGAAAUAAAAUAUCUAACCGAAAGCCUUUGCACGAUUGACGCGAGCACAAAUUUUCUCACGUACACACAGUGAUGUGUGUGCGGCUUUGAUAGCACAGAAGAGAGCGAGCGAGCGAGACGAGACGAGACGAGAAUGACUUAUUCAUUCGAUUAUAUGUACAAUGAACCAACCAAGAGGUGAAAAGCUUUAGGUCAUCAAGUGGCCAAUAUUCACGAUUCUAUUGUAAUGUGUAGGUGGUGCGUGUAAGAAUUAGACAGAACUAACAACUCACGUAACAGCAUUACCUAUAUUACUAAAACCAUACCUUUCCAUAUUUCUAUGCAUUGUUAGAGGAUUAUUUCUGUCUUUCUAGUUCCAAAAUCCAUACCCAACGAGAAAAAAAAAAAUAAAAACUCAAACAUUUUAGAAGUAGACAUUUCUUUUCUUCUCUAUUCCUUUUUCUCAGUAUAGGAAUUAACCAUGUUUUUUGAACGUAAAAGAAAACAAUAUUAUUUUAAUCAAAAAGGCCUCAGAAUAAUAAUGAAGAAAGCCUUCGUUUAUCGACUCAUAAGCAAACUUCUAAAUGUAGAUGAUACAUUUUGAGAUUAACCAUAACCUAGGCAACUGUUUUAGAGAUGACAUUGACUGUAAAAACCAGUUAACAGCUGAGAACGUGCGAACGCACCCAGUUUCAAGACAGUUUAAAUUAAUUGCAAAUGAAAUCAAUUAAGUCGAAAAUCCGUCAGAAAUGUAUUCGGUACCGUUCAGUUUGUAGAGAAUAGCGAAGAAACAAUUCGGUUCGACAGCAUCUUAAAUACCGGCAACUGGAAACAAAAUUAGAAUUAAGCCUGAAAACAGCUUUAAUUUUUAUAAUAGCAAAUAAAAUGUGUAUUUAAAAGAUCGACCGAUUCAAGAAGAGGAUUUCUUGCAUCGAAAUCGGCUCAUUCUACCUUUUAUCUUUCACAAACAUAAACCAACAAAAAAACUAUUUUACUCUAGAUGCUAAGCAAGUCUCUAUGCAUGUUUAAAAUUCAAUAGGUUUUUUGGGCGUUAAAUAGAGUAGCAGCGUGUUAGUUUAGCCGUCAGACGAAGCGUCGUAUGCAAAAUGCAUGAACAUGCAAAGUAAGAUGAAUUAUUCGAAAUCGUGUCUAACUCGAGUCUGGAUUACAAAUGACGCACUCCGUUGCUUUUAUGAGCGCAUCUCUAAUUUGUGCUUGCGAUAUAUAUCGUAAGCCCUGUAUGCAAUGAAUCAGGCAACAUGCCAUCUAUGCUGCUGCUGCUGCUGCUGCUGCUGUCGUCGCUGCUCCUUACACACUCGAACGUUCACAUUCAUAACAUAAAAUCGUUCGCUUCGCAUUUCACUGCAUGAGAGCGUCUAGUAUUGCUCGGAAAUUAUAUGAAGUGGAACAAAAGAAACUGUUGCCAAAUAAAAUGAAGAAUAAAACAAAACAAAACGGUUUAUUCUCAAGCGCAUUUAUUCGGCUUAAGAGUAGAUUAACCGUUGAUUCACAAUUUAGUUGAAAUAUUCAAUUUCAAUGCGUUUGCUUCAAAUGCAUGGAUUAUUUUUAAUAAGUAGCGAAAAACCUUAGCAAUUGCGUGUCAUUAAUUCCGAAUGUCGAAAUAAAAUGCCACAUUUUCCGUUUAUACCGUUCUCAUUGCGUCUCCUUCUGUUUCCCACUCUUUUUUUUUUCUUUCCUUUCUCGUUUACAAUUCGAUGCUCUUAUAUCAUUGUGCUACAUUUCAAUUGUCAGUAGCGCGACUAAUGUGGCCAAAUGCACUUGAUUUUUCGGUUUUCUGUUUGUUUGUUUCUCGCUAUUUUUAGCCGAAUGAUUGCAAAUCAGUCUGAAUGCAUCACUUAUUAUCUUUCGUCAGUGUACGCAAUAAAGAACGAUCAGAAAUUUACAGUGAGCUCGAAAUAAUAUUCAGCUGACUACACAAACGGUGAGGCACUGCGUUUAUAUGCUUACCAUCUGUUUUCCUUUCAUUUUCUCUUUCAACGUGCAAACAAGUAACCGAAUCAAUUUUCAGUUUAACGCUAUAAUUACGAAAUGUAAUCAAUUUCAACCGGUUUUUUUUUGGGUUUCUCUAUUUGGGUGCAUACUAUUUCCGACCUUAUUUCCCCUGAGAGCAACAGUAACAUAGCCGCAUCCGUGUGCUCUGCUCUGCAUAAACAUAAACGAUGAUCGGAAUAAUCUAAUUAGAAUGGCGCUAUUGGCAAAAUUGAUCGUUAUUCAAUAGAAUAACCCAUCAAUUUAAAACCGAUACGCAUUAAUAGCCAAACGAUUAAUACACCAAACAUAAAAAAAUAUAUAUUUUUAAUGACUUUUAUUUAUUUACUAAAUCUUUUUAAACCUGUGCGUUUAACACGCCAAAUUUUACUGAUACUGUUAUGCAAAUCAAUUAAUACCAAUUAUUUAUACAUAUGAAAUCAUAACGAAAAAAGAGAACAAUUGUAUUUAAAUUGAUAUGUUAUUUUCCUAUAAUUUUGAAUGAAAACGUAGAGAAAAAUUACGAUUAGACGUGUAGUAAUUGGCGAAAUUAAUUAGUAUUUCGUUGAUGAGUUCAAAAUUCAAAAAAAAAAAAAAUUUCUCGUUUUGUACAUAAAGAUUGUAAGUUUCCAAUUUGUUGUAGACUGUUUACUGGAGAAACAAUCAUUUCUAUGAUGAAUAUAAUAAACAAAUCAAACCAACAAUAACAAAUAUUGUAUAUUAUGUGCUACAACACACUGUUUCUACAUUUCAAGUGUCUAAGUGUUAAGUCAUAAAUUAAGAUUUUUAUCUGAAUAAAACGAGGCACAUAAAAUAUCAAAA